AGCUGAAGGACAGAGUGUCAAAGGGGUGGGGGAGAGGACUUGCCCUGGUCCUUAGCAGGGCAUGGACAAGAAAACCCAGGGGCAAGUGGUGACUCUGGAAACCCCCUUCCUCUGCAGAGUGACAACACAAGGAGAGGAGUGGGGCCUGGGUGUGAAAAGAUCUGGCUUCUCCCCCCAGCCAUUGGACUAUAGGAUACUGGUGUCUUGGUCUAGGAACAGAUCAAAGGGCCGCCUGCCCAGCUCCUGAGGUGGGCUGAGGUAUUGUCUGUUUGCUAAAGAGGUGGUGAAAUUCCGUCGCACGGGCGAGAGUGCGAGGUCAGAGGACGACACAGCUUCGGGAGAACAUGAGGUCCAGAUCGAAGGGGUCCGCACAGGCCUAGAGGCCGUUGAGCUGGAUGAUGGGGCAGCUGUGCCCAAGGAGUUUGCCAAUCCCACUGACGAUACUUUCAUGGUGGAAGAUGCGGUGGAAGCCAUUGGGUUUGGAAAAUUUCAGUGGAAGCUGUCUGUUCUCACCGGCUUGGCUUGGAUGGCCGAUGCCAUGGAAAUGAUGAUCCUCAGCAUCCUGGCACCGCAGCUGCACUGCGAGUGGCGGCUCCCCAGCUGGCAGGUGGCGUUGCUGACCUCGGUGGUCUUUGUCGGCAUGAUGUCCAGCUCCACCCUCUGGGGAAACAUCUCAGACCAGUAUGGCAGGAAAACAGGGCUGAAGAUCAGUGUGUUCUGGACUCUGUACUACGGCAUCCUCAGUGCUUUUGCGCCCGUGUACAGCUGGAUCCUGGUGCUCCGGGGCCUCGUGGGCUUUGGGAUCGGAGGGGUGCCCCAGUCGGUGACACUGUAUGCUGAGUUCCUGCCUAUGAAAGCAAGAGCUAAGUGUAUUUUGUUGAUUGAGGUCUUCUGGGCCAUCGGGACAGUCUUCGAGGUCGUCCUGGCUGUGUUUGUGAUGCCCUCCCUGGGCUGGCGUUGGCUGCUCAUCCUUUCGGCUGUCCCGCUCCUGCUGUUUGCUGUCCUGUGCUUUUGGCUGCCGGAGAGUGCAAGGUAUGAUGUGCUCUCUGGGAACCAGGAAAAGGCCAUUGCCACCUUAAAGAGGAUAGCAACAGAAAACGGAGCCCCCAUGCCACUGGGGAAACUCAUCAUCUCCAGACAGGAAGACCGAGGCAGAAUGAGGGACCUUUUCACGCCCCAUUUUAGAUGGACAACCUUGUUGCUGUGGUUUAUAUGGUUUUCCAAUGCAUUUUCUUACUAUGGAUUAGUUCUGCUCACCACCGAGCUCUUUCAGGCCGGAGAUGUCUGCAGCAUCUCCAGUCAGAAGAAGGCAGUAGAGGCCAAAUGCAGCCUGGCCUGUGAGUACCUGAGUGAAGAGGAUUACAUGGAUCUGCUGUGGACCACCCUCUCGGAGUUCCCAGGUGUCCUUGUGACUCUGUGGAUUAUUGACCGCCUGGGCCGCAAGAAGACCAUGGCCCUGUGCUUCGUCAUCUUCUCCCUCUGCAGCCUUCUGCUGUUUAUCUGUGUUGGAAGAAAUAUGCUCACUCUGUUACUCUUCAUUGCAAGAGCGUUUAUUUCUGGAGGCUUCCAGGCAGCCUAUGUUUACACACCUGAGGUCUACCCCACGGCAACUCGAGCACUGGGCCUGGGCACCUGCAGUGGCAUGGCGAGAGUGGGUGCUCUCAUUACGCCGUUCAUUGCUCAGGUGAUGCUGGAAUCCUCUGUGUACCUGACGCUGGCAGUUUACAGUGGCUGCUGCCUCCUGGCUGCCCUGGCCUCCUGCUUUUUGCCCAUCGAGACCAAAGGCCGAGGACUACAGGAGUCCAGCCACCGGGAGUGGGGCCAGGAGAUGGUUGGCCGAGGGACGCAUGGCACAGGUGUGACCAGGUCGAACUCUGGCUCUCAGGAGUAGUGACCAAUGGGAGGCUGAGCUGGUCUUUGAGGCUACAGAGUGCAGGGAGCUGGUGGAGCUCAGCUGGGGCACCGACCAUCACUGCCAACAUCGAGAACUCACCCAAGAGUCUACGUGGACCAACAGAGUUUUGUGUCUUGACUCCGUUCGCUCAUAUUCAUCGAGAUCCACCAGGGAAGGGGAGGCAUUUGCACUGGGGGGCUCUGUGUGUGUGUGUGGAGGUUUGUUAAUCACCUGUGAAUGUGAACAAUCUGCAUGGGGAAACUGCCACAUCGGAGUGCCCGGUGAUGUCGGCAGCCAACCAGAGUCAGCUGGUCACACCCUUGGUGAACAGCCAAAAGGUCUCUGUAGAUACAGUCCAGGCCCAGAGCCCUGGGAGGCCUGCCACCCAGUGAGUCCACACCUGCUGCCCACCCACUGGACCUGUUCAGUAGGUUUCUCCCAGACCCCUGGCCCCAGGCUCUGUUCUUUGGAAUUGCAGGUGGCCCGGGGGUGGCCUGAGCAGCUUUUUCCUGGGUCUGAGGAAUGCUCCUUCAGGUGGGCCCCUCGGUUUGCCUCCCCAGGGCCUGACUAGUGGAGACUCUGGAAGAUGAACAUGCAUUUGACCUUGAGCCAUGUGCCCCCACCUGGCCCCCCUCUGGAGUGGCUGUUCCUGGCUCCAGAGGAUCCAAAUAGGUCCACUGGGACAACUGGACUUGCACCAGAUGACAGCCUCAGAAAGCUGUUACCCUAGGAACUGGGGAUGAAGGAGGUGAGAAUCAAGCCCAAAGCCAAAGCAGGGGCCUCCCCUUUGGCAGCACUGAAGGCCAUUCUGGGCCCCAUCUGGGUCAGGCUGAUUGGUGACUCUUGGAGGAAGAAAAUAUUAACUCAGGUUUCAGCGCUUCAGAUUUUGAGCAUGGGUGGCUUGCUAAAUGGGAGGAAAAACUGAAAAGAUGCCAACGCCCAGCUCCCAUCGGGGUCUGGAGACCAAGAAUCCUUCCUGCCCGGCCCCUCUGCCACCCCUGCUGUCAAGGGCUGGCUUGGUCUUUACAUGAGGCAGGGGUUCCAGCACUGGUCCUCAGGAAUGCGAGGCUGGGGAGGAACAGGAGGGCCCAGAUGUGUGAAAUGGGUACAUUUUCAAAGGAAGAGAAGAGGGAUCAGUUGGGUUUCGGGUUGGCCUCGGGAAAAGAGCUGAUGCUGUGUCUCUGCAGACAACAUCCACCUCCAGGAUAUGGUUUGCUCAAGCCUUUUCCCCAUCGUGAAAGCAGGGAACCUAGAGAAGGAGGGAGGAAGCUCCCAGAUCCCAUCAAAGGCCGGAGAAGACUGACCCUCUGCUGGGAGAUAUCUGCUUGGGUAAACACUGGGACAAAGCCAAAUGUAUAUGUUCAUCUCUUAUUAAAAUGUGUUGGUGAUGGACAUUGCCAGGGUUGAAGUUCGUUCGUCUGUCAUGAUGUCCUGACACUUCACCUCGACGGUCUUGCCAGCUUUGUCCAUCCAGGGUAAUCUCAAUGCUUUACUAUGAUCUUUAAUAAUCUUUUAAUAAUCUUUCCAAGAAGGGAAAGUUGCACAGUUGACUGCCAACAUCAUGACUUUGAGUUGUUGGAGAAAGAACUUUCUUCUGAUAAGGAGGUCACAGCGAAUGACUUCUUCAAGCUCAAGUCCUAGAUCGACUGCAAACAAUCCCAUGUCUCUGAAAUAUGGGCUGCAACCUCCUUGGCCCAGGCAGCCAGAGAGAAGGCAGCUUGGCAGAUCUCUGUCUCCCUGACAGUCACAUCUCCUUGAACCAGGAGUGGCUAUAGCUCUAAUUAUUUCUGGUCUGCUGAGCUGUAACUCCGGGGGGAAAUCCUGGGGCAAAUUACCUUUGAAACUGAAAUCAGUCAAAGGGAGAAAUAAAGUGGGAGAAACCCAUUUAUUUCUUACAAGCAGUCCACUUCCCACUCUCCUGUGUCUCUCACGAUCCAGCGGCCGAAGAAGAGACCCAGCCCCCCACCCAACCUCUCUGGUACAGAUAAGUCCU